AUUUUUGCGAGUUCCUCACAAGUGAUAACACAAAUACAUCUUAGGAUAUUUUCGUCUCAGAAAUAAAACUACACUCAUCUGAGACGAACGUAGGUUAACAAAUUCAAAAAUGCGUUUAAUUCUCAUUUUCGGUGUUUUCAUUCUACUUUAUUGCAAUGUGUGUUCUCCGAAAAAAACUGUCGUUUUUAUGUUUGAUAAAAGAAAUUGGACUUCAUACGAGCAGGCUUGUCUACACACAAGAGUACGAAAUCUGCGUUCCAGAUGUGUUCAAAAUGGUUUUAAUUUCGAGUUCAAGCCAAUGUCUCCCUACUGUGGAUCUCCCAUCGACAAUACCUCGAAUUCCACAAUAUCCAAAAACGAUUUCAGCAUCGAAGACGAAUCAACGUUGAAAAAUCUUAAGACACAAUUAGAACUUGCUCCAUCGUAUUCUGUAAUCUAUGUCGUCACAAAUGUGACCACGCCCAGCGAUAAUACGUCCAUGGACGAUAUUUUGGAAGAAAUACAAAUCAAAAGAACACAGGUCAACUUUCUCAUCGGAACAGAGUUGCCUUCCUAUGAUCACGGAACCGACUCCCUCAAAAAGUAUGCAUUGAUUACGUCUAUCAGCAACGGUUACAUAAUGGGUCCAGAACCAGAAUCGUUUCAAUUCAAUGAGUCCCACUUCACAGAUUCCAUGUAUCUGAGGUUAACUUCUCUUCCUCUGGAAGUAACCUUCCCAGCAGUCGUACGCAAAGAUAACAAAACAUAUUGUGCAGACAUGAAUUCAUUAUCAAAUAAAGACAGAAUUGAUGAUGAACGUUCGAAUUUAGGCUUGUAUGAAACGAAUGCUGACAUGCCUAGAAUAAGCCAAAUCAACUGGGAAAUGGCAGUGACGCCUUUGACACACACUAUCGAGAAUUGCGACGACUUUUUCUACAAAAGAAUCAAUACGUUGGAGUUCUCUGAUGUGGCUGUAACCGGAUUUACCGAAAAAUAUUUCGACUACGAUUAUGGGUUUUCUACCGAAGAGAUUCGUUAUUUAAACGAAACUUAUAAACGACCCAUACACGUAAAUUCAUCAGGAAAACCAAACAAGCUUUAUGUAUCCUUUGUUGACAAAAACGCCGAAUAUAAAUUUCAUCAAUUCGAGAUACUAUUUGUGAAUGGGAGUUCUUACGGAGAAAAGAUCCCUCUGCAGCCGAUUCCAGGAACGAAUUUAUCCACCGGAUCAUUUUCACCGCCAAUUGGAUACUUUUUCAUACAAGUAACGAUUAAUGCGACAGACAGAGUAGUUAAUCGAUUAUCAUCCACUGCAAUGAGCGCUGCGGAAGGAUUCGGAGAAAAACAUCGUAAUCCAAUUUUCGAAUACAAACCAAUAUUCAGAAGCCAGGAAGUAUUGCCCACGCCUACUUCAAAAGAUAACACCUUCGGUGAUUACAUCAACCUAUAUUUUGAAGAAAUCGUGUUUUCCGCUGGUGUUGUCGUGCUCGUAUUGGGCUUAUGUUGUGUUAUAUUUAUACUACUUAAAUAUCGCAAGCCCCAUAAAAAAACACAGAAACGAUCAGAUCUCGAAAAAGCUCAUCAUCGAGCGGACCCAGACGAACUUGAAAAUCUAGUUGAGCACCAGCAAUUUGAACUGAAGCCUAAAAAACACUCCUCCUCUGAUUUUAAAUGAAUUUUAACGAAAUUCUUUCUUCAUAAAUGUUGACUUAUAUCAACUCAAAAAAGAAUUAUCUGCGCCAAACCCCCCCCCCCCAAAAUGAGAAAUCCCCACAUCAAACAGAAAACUAAGUGUCGAGAUUACCUAUAAUCUGAUGUUUCCACAACUCUGACUAAAAUACGGUGGAUUUUAGGAGGUACUACCUACUUCGGAGUCUGCACAGCAAUUUGAAAUCAUUACAUAAAUUUAACUACAUUUAUAUGGAAACUUGCUGGUAGAGUAAUUGGCUCAAAAAUAAAGGAAAUAAAAAUUUAGAGCAUGACAUUCCUGACGAAUACUCUGUACCCAACUACCUAUUCGAUUUUCUACCGGAGAUUUCGAUUUUAUGAUAUUUAAGUGGAUAAAAAUCAAGAAACUCAAUUUCAUCGAACCGUUCGCUAUUUUGGAACCUAGGUGCAGGUUUUCGAGAACAAGUACAAAAAUGUUGAUUUUUAGUUUUCAAGUAUUUUAAGAAUUUGAUCGUUUAUAUUUUUAAUAACAUGACAUGAAUGAUGAAUGAGAAUAAAUUUGCAGACCACUGCAAAAAUGUG